AUUAGUACGGGCAGUACUUCUCACGGGACGCGGGAAAACAGCUAGUAUUUCAUAUUCAUUGAGAAAAUGAUAGGCUGUUUAUUAGGGUGUGUAAUGGAGUUGCUAUUUGCUGGCCAAGGGUGCACCAAGCAAGUAAAUAAAUAUUACGUUCAUAAUUAAAAAAAAAACCCUGAGUAGGUCUGUAGCCAUGUUCUGAUAGCUGAACCCUAAAAUCUACCGAUCAUAAAAUGACGUCUUAUAGUGAUCGCGCAUAAUAUGAUAAGAACCAUAUAUAAAUUGCAGACCUCCAUGUGCUUUGACACAUUCUGAGUCCGAAUCAAACAGUUAAUUUUUGAGUUGCAAAGUGUGGUGUUCAAAAUGUUUCUACCCAUCAUUUUAUCCGGCCUUGUCGUAGUGUUAACAUGGUACGUAAUGGGAAAACGCAAUGAAAACUACUGGAAGUCACGUGGUGUGAAGUUCUACGGCAAGAACAAAGUGACAGGACCGUUUUGGGACUACUUCGCAACUCAAGGCGCAUUGUUCGAAAAAUUUAAUAAUCUGUAUAAUGAGUUCAGAAAAGAGCCAGCGGUAGGCCUUGGACAAAUUUUAACGCCUUCAUUGUUCGUCAUAGACGCCAAGAACGUCCAGCAUGUCUUAGCACAUGACUUCCAGUCUUUCUAUCACCGAGGAUUCGACCCCGCGGAGGAUGACCAAUUGGCCGAUAGUAUAACGAUGAUGAAUGGACCCCGAUGGAAGUUGAUGAGAAAAAGUAUGACCCCAUUGUUCACGGCAAACAAAUUAAAGAACAUGUAUUACACUAUGGAUAAAAGUGCCCAGGAUUUUGUGGAUUAUUUGAAAGCCAAUCCUAACAAGUGGAACGGCGAUUUUUACAACUCUGCCAUGUUGUAUUGUAACGCGGCUAUAUGCAGUGCAAUUUUCGGGAUUGGAACAAAAUCAACAUUUGAUUCACCCUUCCUUGAAGUAGCCAGAAACAUAUCAUUUUCAGGUUUUAAGAACAAUAUGAAAUUCACUCUCCUAAGUCUUGCGCCAAGUUUGAUGAAAUCUUUGGGAGUUAAACUUUUUAAAGAUUAUGAAGACUUUUUCAUUGGUGCUAUAGGCGAAGUUAUAAAGAAUAAGGAAAAAGGAAUUACAUCGAGGAACGAUUUCGCUGAUUUAUGUAUCAGCCUUCAAAAAAAUGGUACCUUAAAAGAUCAAACGACUGGAUAUGAAAUGGAGCCUACGACUGGUCAUCUAGCGGCACAGGCAUUCUUCUUCUUCUCAGCGGGUGUAGAACCAACCGCAGCUGCUAUCUUCUCAACAUUUUACUGUAUGGCUCGACAUCCUGAUGUAUUAGAAAAAGUUCACCAAGAAAUUGACGAACAUUUUGAAAAACACAAUGGACAAAUAACUUACAAUGUCAUUAGUGAAAUGGAGUAUGUAGAUAAGGUGAUAAAUGAGGCGAUGAGGAUAUUCCCCCCUAUUGGGGUUUUAACUAGAAAAUGUGUUCAAGACACUGUUCUACCUGUCGGCAAUAUCAAAGUAGAAAAAACCGGCCAAGUGCGAGUCGGACUCGUGCACGAAGGGUUCCGUAAAUUACAGUUAAAUCAACCUAUCUCAAAAACUAUAAGAGAUACUUUGAUCAAACCAAAAAUCGUUGAAAGAGUUAAUUAGCAUGCAUCACCUCUAUUUUUUUUAGAAUUUUAUACCCCGUAGUUAUAAAAAUAGAGGGGGGGGACAUACUUUUUACGACUUUGAGAGCUGAUAUCUCAAAAACCGUUCACUUUAAGAAAAAUGUUUUUUAGAAAACUUUAUAUCAUUUUAAAAGACCUUUCCAUUGAUACCCCACACGGGUAUGUACAUCGAAAAAAAAAAUUUCAUCCCUCAGUUACAUGUAUGGGGGGCCCCACCCCCAAUUCUUUUUUUUACUAUUUAGUGUCAUAUUUUUGUAGCGGUUCAUACAACACAUAUUCCCAUCAAAUUUCAUCACUGUAGUACUUAUAGUUUCCGAGUAAAUCGGCUGUGACAGACGGACAGACGGACAGACGGACAGACGGACAUGACGAAACUAUAAGGGUUCCGUUUUUGCCAUUUUGGCUACGGAACCCUAAAAAGGGUCAAAAUUAUUCACACCUAUUUAUGCAAUGCAUCAUGAUCCCACACUUUAUCCGGAUCCAGAAGUGUUUGAUCCUGAGCGAUUCUCAAAGGGCAGGAAACCAAAUGAUGAUAUUUAUAUGCCAUUUGGUAUGGGUAACAGGACAUGUAUUGGAAAUAGGUAUGCUAAAUUACAAAUGGCGGCUUGUGUAGUCCAAGUUCUGCGGGCUUUUACUGUUAAAGGUAAACAACUAAAAGGAAAAGGAAAAUUGACAUUCGAACGUCAUGCUUUGCUUUGUAGGCCAGAUGAUAUGGAAAUCCAUCUGAUUCCCAGACCGUUAAAAUAAACUUAAUUUGUUAUUACAUGUUAAAAUAAUUAAAAGACGAUGUCCUCCAAAAUGUUUACAAUUUCGCUUUGUCCCUGUGGUGCUGAUACUGUUAUUUACUUAAUCUUGUAAAAUAAAUGUUGUGAUGUUUAGAA